UGCGCGGCCAAACUAUGUAUCUGGUUGUGCGUCUUCAUAACGAAAUCCAAUGACGCCCGGCCAUUCGGAAAUCCCGACGCCACACAAUGACAAGGACGACGAGUCUUUUCUGACCGUGACAAUCCGAAAACAGCGCAAGUGGCUCAUCUUGGCUGCGUCGGGGUUGGUGAUCGUGGCUGUUGUUGCCACAGUCGCGUCGACCUCUAGUGCCACCGACGAGACCUCACAGUCUGCUGCGAUUAGUCAGCCGCCAACCGCUGCGCCUGCUUCGCCUAGCACCGCGCCAACCACUGCGCCUGCUUCGCCUAGUCACGCGCCAACCACGAGCCCAUGGAGCCCCGUGGUGGGUGGUGACGACGGAAAUGCUACCGUAUAUCAAAACAACAGUGUCGGCACCACAUCCAACACCACUUUGCACCACGAAGUCAUCACAUCCAAGCCUGUUGCGGAAGGUGCUGCAUUCAACCACUCCACCACUACUACAACGACUAGCCCUCCUGAAAGCACCACGGCGUCUCCAUCUCCGUCGGCAACGACGACGACACCGCCACCGCCGCCGCGCCCCUCCCCCCAGCCUUCCCCCGCACCCACCACCGCGCCCCCCAAGUUGUUGUCGUACACAGACACCAAGUUUGACUGGUUGGACAUUCGCAACUGGCAAGGGGACAACGAGAUUUCUGCGACAUCGUUCGCAACGAGUGCGUUCAAACCGGACCGCAUCCACGUGUCAACAUUUGGCCGGCCGUUCGAAAAGUCGCCCGUGCUUCGCACGACCCCAGGGUGGAAAGGCAACCGCGCGCUGUUGAUUGAAUGGACAUCGUACGCUGGGUCGGACACCAACAUCUGGCUACUCCCGACCUCCCUCACAAGUCAAUUCCACACAACAGCAUGGCCAAAGUGUGGCGAGUACGACAUCUUUGAAAUGUUCAAUGGGGACGCUGCGAUUGGACACAAAGGCACGACCAACUUGUGGUUCAACGGGGGCCUCGAAGGGUUUGGCCAGUCCACGCUGCACAUGUCGACGACGAAAUGCUUUGCCCCAUUUUACCCGAAUGGAAUGAACCGACCGAGCUCGACCAGCCAGUCGGCUCAGUGGCACACGGCGUACGGCGCCAAGAAUGCGAUGGCGGUGGUGUUUGGCACGGACGGUAAUGGCAAGUUCAUCCAGCAAAUACAAAACCCCAAGAUUGUGCUUGGACCGAACAGCACCGUGGACAUUGAAACGGAUGGAGCUAACGCCGCGGCCAAAAUCUACACCAACGACAACCUGUACUGGGGUGUCAAGCCCGUCGGUGGAUGCGCCGACGGCUACGACGGCGGCAGCCCUGGGUUCCCCUUCAUGACGGAUGACUUUCGCCUGAUUUUGCAAGAGCAGUACCAAGGCACGUUCGACGUGACCAACUUUAAAGUGUUUGUAAAGAAUUAAAAGCUGUGACGUGCGCCAAGGCAUGAUACAGUAUGUACAUAUGUCGUCCCUGAA